ACUGGUGGACCUUCCACUGGGGGUUCAUCGACUGGAGAAUCAUCAGCCAGCGGGUCAUCAGCUGGUAAAUCGACAGGUGGACUUUCUACAGCACUUUUCUCCUUUAGUAUUGCUGUUUCUAAAGCACAUAGUUUAUCUAUCCCAGCUGCAUCAUUUGGGCCAAGAUUUGCUUACUGGAGCAAUUCAACUUCAACGUAUUGGCCACCUAGUACUUAUUCUUUGUCAACCUCAUUACCUUCAGGUAGUAAUUAUGUCACUGAUAUUGCAUCAUCAUCUGCUGCAGGUAUUAAGUUGUCAGGUGGAUCAUCAACUUAUGGACCAUCAACAAAGACUGAUGGAUCAUCAACAGAUGGAUCAUCAACAAAGGCUGGACCAUCAACAGAUAGAUAUUUAACUGAGACAGAUACAUCGUUCGCUGGUGGUUCAUCAUCAGGUGGAUCAUCAACAGAUAUAUCUUCAAUGAGUGCAUCUUUAAUUGAGGCUGGUGGCUCAUCCACUAGCGACUCAUCAUCUGGAGAACCAUCAACUGGUGGAUCAUCAACUAAAACUACUGGAACUUCUAGCGGUUCAUCAACUGGAGAAUCAUCAACUGGUGGUGCCUCAUUUAAGACUGGUGGCUCUUCCACUGGAGAAACAUCAACUGGUGGAACUUCAUCUGGAGGAUCUUCUGUUAAGACUGGUGGCUCCUCUACUAGUGAUUCUUUAACUAGAGAAUCGUCGACUGCUGGAUCUUCAACUAAGACAACUGGAUCUUCCACGAGCAAUUCAUCAACUAGAGAAUCAUCAACUGGUGGUGCCUCAUCUAAGACAGGUGGAACUUCAACUGGCGGAUCUUCAACUAAGACUGAUGGAUCCUAUAUUAAUGGGUUAUUAACUAAGACGACUGGAUCUUCCACAAGCGGUUCAUCAACAGGAGAAUCAUCAGUUGGUGGAACCUCAACUAAGACUACUGGAACUUCUACUAGUAGUCCAUCAACUGGAGAAACAUCAACUGAUGAAAAUUCAUCUGGUGGAUCUUCAGCUAAGACUGGUAGCUCUUUCAUUAGCGGGUCAUUUAAGACUGGUGGCUCUUCUACUAGUGAUUCAUCAAUUAGAGAAUCAUCAACUGGUGGAGCCUCAACUAAGACAAAUGAAUCUUCCACUAGCGGUUCAUCAACUAGAGAACUACCAACUGGUGGAUCUUCAGCUAUGACUGGUGGAUCUUCAACUGGUGGCUCUUCAACUAAGACAACUGGAUAUUCCACUACUGGCUCAUCAACUGUUGGAUCUUCCACUAGCAGUUCAUCAACUGGAGAAUUAUCCACUGGCAAAUCAACAGGUGGAGAAACAUCAACUGGUGGUGCCUCAUCUCAGACAGAUAGAUCUUCAAUUAGUGGACCUUCCUCUGGCGGACCUUACAUUAGCGGUUCAUCAAUUAGAGAACCAUCAACUAGUGGUGCCUCACUUAAGACUGGUGGCUCUUCCACUAGCGGCUCAUCAAUUGGAGAAUCAUCCUCUGGCAAAUCAACAGGUGGAUUUUCAACUAUGACUGGUGGUUCUUCCCUUAGCGGUUCAUCAACAGGAGAACCAUCAACCGGUGGAUCCUCAACUAAGAGAGGUGGAUUUUCCACUAUCCGGGCAUUAACUAAGAGUGGCUCAUACACCAGCGAUUUAUCAUCCAAAGAACCAUCAACUGGUAGAUACUCAACUACAACUCCUAGAUCUUCUACUAGCGGUUCAUCAAUUGGAAAAUCAUCGACAGGUAGUUCUUUAACUGGUAGGUCUUCAACUGAGACAGGUGUUUCCUUAACUGAGACUGGUUCUUCAACUGAAACCGGUGGUUCUUCAAUUGGGGGAUCUCUAACUGAGACCGGUGGAUCUUCAACUGGAAGUUCUUCCACUGACACUGGUGGGUCAUCCACAAGCGGUUCUUCUACCGAGACUGGUAGAUCCUCAACUACGACUACUGGAGCUUCCACUAGCGGUUUAUCAACUGGAAAAUCAUCAACUGGUGGUGCCUCAUCUAAGACAGAUAGAUCUUCAAUUAGUGGAUCUUUAAUUGAGAUUGGUGGCUCUUCCACUAGCGACUCAUCAUCUGGAGAACUAUCAACUGGUGGAUCUUCAACUAAGACUGAUGGGGGUAGAUCAUUCACAGAUGGUUCUUUAACUGAGAAUGGUGGAUCUUCGACUGGAGGGUCUUUUACAGGUAAUUUUUCUGAUGGUUCUGAACCUUCUAAUACUGGAGUCCCUAGCGCAUUAACCAGUGAUUCAGGGUCUUCAACCAGUUCUUCUUCCAGUGAACCAACGGCAAUAAGUUGUGCAUAUGAUGGGUUGACUGCGAUAGGAUUUAUGGCUAGAGAAUAUUUAUACAAGCCUCCAGUUGACCUCGCUACUUAUCUUGACACUGGGUAUGAAUCGGGUACUGUGUUAAAAACAUUAUAUGAUGUUGUAGAGCUUGGAGUCCAAUAUAAUACUGCCUUCGUACUAGAAUUGACAGGUUAUUUCAAACCUCCGACUGCUGGCAGGUACACGUUGCAAUUAGAUAAUGUUUUAAGUGGAGGGGAGUUGCAUUUUGGUGCUACGGAAGCUUUCUCUUGCGGAAGUGAAUUAACAAAAAGAGCCGAAGUAUCUCCUUUGAUAAUAGAAGGUACCACAACUAGCGGUGAGAUAACUGUUGAUUUAGAGCUAGAUGUCUACUAUCCAAUCAAAAUUGUCAACAUAUACGCAAAUGGAGACGAGAAUAUUGUUUUUACAAUAAUCGGUCCAAAUGGAGAGACUUUCACAAUACAAGAGAUCAUUGUACACUAUGGAAGCGAUACAGCUAGAGGCAGUUCCAGCUUCUCUUCAGGUUCAGCUGGUUCUUCUUAUGCAAGCGUAACCUCUACUGAACCACCUACCUUUUUAUUAACAAUGCCGUCUUCUACAUUAACCUCAGUCCGAUCAACAACGUUGACAAUAUCAAUCACAAGCUCUACAGAAUCCGGAAAUACGACAGAAACGGGAAUACUAUCUAGUGUAUCGGGUUCAAGCAGAUUAGAACCAGGUUCAAGCUCAGGUGGAUCAGGUGGAUCAAGUUCAGAAUCAGACUCAAAUGGAUCAAAUGGAUCAAUUGCUUCAGGAUCAGGUUCAAGCAAUGGAUCUAGCGGAUCAGGGUCAGGAUCAACAUCAGGAUCGAAUAAUUCUGAUGGUUCAAGUGGAUCAGGAUCAAGUGGAUCAAGUGGAUCAAGUGGAUCAAGUGGAUCAAGUGGAUCAAGUGGAUCAAGUGGAUCAAGUGG